AUGGUGACGAUCUGUACCUACAAUGCACGUACACCUGCAUCCGAGUCUUCGAUAAAAGACUUACUCAUGCAAGCAAGGAUAAAGAACGACGUCAUCGGCCUGGCCGAGACGAGGCGACGCCACCUAUUCAACACCGUCUAUGACACCGGAGAAGAACUGUUCCUCAGAACAUGCGACAGUAGAGGAGUCAGCGGUGUCGGUGCUCUCGUCAACAUGAGUUUGUCCAUGAACAACGAUUAA